AGCGAGGCGGCCACAAGAGGCAGAUGUCCAUCAGCAGCUCGGAGGAGGAGGGCGGCUCCACGCCCGAGUACACCAGCUGCGAGGACGUGGACAUGGAGAGCGUCAGCGAGAAAGGCGAUUGGGACUGCUAUCCUCUUGAUCCUGCCGUAUGGCAUCACCCAGUGACGUGGCUGCAGUCUAAGGAGGGUGACCAGAUGAUCGGACGCAUCACUCUCAGCAAGCGGUCGGCCAUGCCCCGGGAGGCCGGCUCCCUGCUGGGCCUCAAGGUGGUGGGGGGCAAGAUGACAGCGAUGGGCCGACUGGGGGCCUUCAUCACUAAAGUAAAGAAGGGAAGCCUUGCAGAUGUUGUAGGCCAUCUGAGAGCAGGCGACGAAGUACUGCAGUGGAACGGGAAGUCGUUGCCGGGAGCCACCAAGAAAGAGGUAUACAACAUCAUCCUGGAGUCGAAGGCCGCGCCCCAGGUGGAGAUAGUGGUGUCCAGACCUGUAGGCUCUAUCCAUCGAAUUAUAUCCAAAAACAUCUUGAGAAAAGUGUGUAGAGCCUAUGAAGUUAUUCCGAGAAGUCCCGAAUCGUCCCACCCUCCUUUAGAAUCAACUGGCUCCAGUUCGUUUGAGUCCCAGAAGAUGGACCGUCCCUCCAUUUCAGUGAUGUCUCCCACCAGCCCAGGGACCCUGCGAGACCAUCCGCAAAUACUGCCGGGACAGCUCUCUGUGAAGCUGUGUUACGAUAAGGUGGGCCAUCAGCUGAUUGUCAACGUCCUUCAAGCCAUAGACCUGCCGCCGCGGCCCGACGGUCGACCUCUGAACCCCUACGUCAAGAUGUACUUCCUCCCCGACAGAAGCGAUAAGAGCAAGCGGCGGACAAAGACGGUGAAGAAGAGUGUGGAGCCCAAAUGGAACCAGACCUUCCUGUACUCCCACGUCCACCGGAGGGACUUCAGGGAGCGCAUGCUGGAGAUCACCGUGUGGGACCAGCCCCGCGUGCAGGAGGAGGAGAGCGACUUCAUGGGGGAGAUCCUGAUCGAGCUGGAGACGGCCGCCCUGGACGACCUUCCUCACUGGUACAAGCUGCAGAGCCAUGACGUUUCCUCCCUGCCUCUUCCCCAGCCCUCGCCAUACCUGCCGCGCAGACAACUGCAUGGAGACAGCCCCAGCAAGAAACUGCAGAGGUCCCAUCGCAUCAUUGAUACUGAGUUUGAUGAUGGUUUAUCGGUAGUGUCUAAAGGUGCGGAGCGCAGCUCCAGGGAGCGUGAGAGGGGCAGCAGCACCCUGGAGGUCCCGGAGCAGCAGAGACCCCCGCAGCACCGCUCACGCUCCGUCUCCCCCCACCGGGAGGACUCCUGCAAGGCCCGCUCCAGACCCGCACACGUACCCAUGCAGAGGAGCCUGGACGAGAUCCACCACAACCGCAACCACUCCCUGUCCCCGGCCCGUUACCAUGACACCCACCUGGAGCGCCAACGCUCCGGGGACUCGGACUACGAGUACUCCGAGGACAGUGAGGUCCUGGAGACGCACAGGUCUAUCCGGGGCGGGAGUGCUGAGUGCCUGCACACAAACAGGGGCGUGGGUAGACACAGCAGCCACACGUUGCCUCCCAAAAUGCCCCUGCUCGUUAACGGUAUCCAUAAAGGCAUUUACAGCUCCACGCUGCCCGUGUGCCUAAAGGCCAAGGCGGCCGGGGUGUGUGGUAGGCAGGAGGCCGCUAGCGCCGGGCCGCGCCCUCUCCUCCCCCAACGCGUGCUCAGGUUCACUGACGAGGUCCCGGGCAGUGACCUGCAGCCGUCACUGGACAGAGUGAGGAGCGCCAGCACCACCUGCCUCAGACCAGACAACAACUACCACAACACAGACAGAGACAGCAGGCAGGCAGCCAAUGGCGCUCAGCCAAACGGCCACAGAAGCAGCAAGAAAGUCCUGGAGGGGGACAGUCGUAUCCAGCCCACCUCCAUCUUGAGGGGCAGUAGGGGGAGGGAGGGGCUGCUGAGGCCCUUCGGCCAGCCGCCCCUGGCCACGUCCUGUCCUAGCUCGCCGCGGCCUGACAGAGCGAACUCCCACGGCACCUCUCCUACAGGGUCUCCCUCGUCAGGACGCAGGGGCAGGCAGCUGCCACAGCUCCCUGCCAAAAGCAGCAGCAUCGAGCAAGAACGCGUAGCUAUUAAACCAGCCCUUGCGGCAGAGGAGCGAGCCCGACUGGUGAAGAUGAAAGUACAUUCCUACCGGCCCUCGGCCCCCCCGGGCCCCGAGACGGACCUCAAGACCAAACGCGAGAUGUACGCUGAGAGGAGGCGCAGCAGUGACAACAUGUCCGCCCGGUCGUCAGACAGCGAUAUGAGCGACCUGUCGGCCAUGUCUCGCGCCAGCAGCAUCUCCCGCCUCAGUAGCACCAGCUACAUGUCCAUCCAAUCAGAGCGACCCAGGGGCCGCCUCAGGUCCAAGUCGUUGGAGGAUGAGAAGAAGGACAGGAGGAUCUCGUGGGGGGUGAACGGGAUGGAUGAGGGGAGCAGGAGGUCGGCGGGGAAGAGGCGCUUCUCCCAGGAGCUGAAGCGCCGCCGACACACGGUGACCGGAGAGACGGAGGAGUCCAGCCGUCAGAUGCGGGCGUCUGCGGGCCGCACCAUGCUGAAGAGCUCCAGCGUCAGCGGGGAGAUCUACGCCCAGGAGCGCACCGACGGAAGCCAAUCGGACACGGCGCUGGGCACGGUGGGGGGCGGGGCCAAGAAGCGGCGCUCCAGCUUCAGCGCCCGCGUGGUCGCCAUCGUGGGCAACCGCCGCAGCCGCAGCACCUCCCAGAUCAGCGGCCCCGAGGGGAAGAGUAAGAAGGAGAAAGGCGCGCCCAUCCAGCGGAGCACGGAGACUGGGAUGGCCGUGGAGCUGAGCCGGAACAUGAGCCGGCAGCCCAGCCGCGAGUCCAACAACGGCAGCAUGAACAGCUACAACUCGGAGGGGAAUUUGAUCUUCUCCGGGGUGAAUCUGGGGGCCAACAGUCAGUUCAGCGACUUUCUGGACGGCCUGGGACCGGCUCAGCUCGUGGGCCGGCAAACGCUGGCCACGCCCGCCAUAGGUGACAUCCAGAUCGGCAUGAUGGACAAGAAAGGCCAGCUGGAGGUGGAGGUGAUCCGGGCACGAGGCCUCGUCCAGAAGCCUGGCUCAAAGUCCCUUCCCGCGCCGUACGUCAAGGUCUACCUGCUGAACAACGGGGCCUACGUCGCCAAGAAGAAGACCAAGAUUGCGAGGAAAACGCUGGACCCGUUGUACCAGCAAGCGCUGCAGUUUGAGGAGAGCCCGCAGGGGAAGGUGUUGCAGGUGAUCGUCUGGGGGGAUUACGGACGCAUGGACCACAAGAGCUUCAUGGGAGUUGCACAAAUCCUAUUGGAGGAGCUGGACUUAUCGAGCACCGUGAUUGGUUGGUACAAGUUGUUCCCACCUUCCUCCCUGGUGGACCCCACGCUAGCCUCCCUCACCAGGCGGGCUUCCCAGACCUCUCUGGACAGCUCUUCCGGGCCCCCGGGGGUCCGGUCGUAGGGCCCCCCCCCCCCCCCCCACCGUAAGACUUUGAUGAUGAUGAAUUCAAAAUACUUGGACGUACUGUAGACAAAGAAGAAACAAAUACAUAUUUAAAAAAAAAGCUAAAAACAGCCAGUGGUGACUACGUAGAACAACAACAAUCAGAAUCAGAGUCGCAAUGAGAAAGCUUUGUUGAGAUCUGACAAUCACUCCUGUCUCGUUUUCAGUUCUUCUGCCGUAGGAAGCUCUGCAUUUUGAUUUUUUUGUGUCAUUUCAAGGCUAGAUUUCAUACUCUGUUUGUAUGGAA